GAACCUGCUACUGGUUUCCCAUCCCACACACACACACACACACACAGCCGCAGUCAGACAGACGGUCUCUGUCUGCGCAGAAACGGCAGCAGGGAAAACAAACUCUCCUCACGCCGCUCACAAACCAACAACUGUCGUGGAAGUGGAGUCGCACGAUGGUAAACACCAAAGGCUACCGUUUAGUCUAAGACAGCUAACAAUAAGGAAGAGGCUGCUGAAAGUGGCUGAACUGUAACAACAGCCGGACAAAUUAACCGAAGGAUUUGAGGACCGCACGUGGAAAUCACCGCUGAAACACAUCGGAGGAGUGGAUCUCGUCCUCUCCACUUAAACUGUUUGCCAGCGGUUCACUCCUGCCAACUUCAGAGAUGAGUGCCAAGUCAGCCAUCAACAAGGAGGUCUUCAUACCCCAUGAUGAGAAGAUGCUUGCUGCAGUGCAGGUGAAGCGGAGGACCAAGAAGAAGAUCCCCUUCCUGGCCACUGGUGGUCAAGGAGACUACAUGACUUUCAUCUGUGUGUCAGUGACAAAUAAGAAACCCUCCCAUGUAUCCAUCACCAAGGUGAAGCAGUUCCAAGGAUCUUCUGCCUUCAUGAAAAGGUCACAGUGGACACUCGACCAGCUACGGCAGGUCAACGGCAUUGACCUGAACAAAGACUGUCCAGAGUUUGAUCUGAUGUUCGAAAACGCUUUUGACCAGUGGGUUGCUAGUUCAGCAGGGGAGAAGUGCACCUUCAUCCAGAUUCUUCACCACACCUGCCAGCGCUACAGCUCAGCGCGGAAACCAGAUUUCGUGAACUGUCAGUCCAAACUGCUGGGAGGUAACAGUAUACUACACUCAGCUGCAGACAGUGUGACGAGUGCUGUACAGAAGGCCAGCCAGGCUCUGAAUGAGCGCGGUGAGCGAUUAGGUCGGGCUGAGGAGAGGACCGCGGACAUGAUGAACAGUGCUGAACAGUUCUCUGUUACAGCACAGAAGCUUGCCAUGAAGCACAAGUGUUAGACCACUGCCAAAACCAACUGGGCUGGGGGGGGGGGGUCACCAAUCGCCAGUCGCUGUACAGGAGAAGGAUUCCACAUUUUAUUCCUUUUAAAAGAUUUAAUAUGAUUACUAUUUGUUAACAAUGUUAACAUGUUAAUUCAGUGUUUUGGUUGUUGUAUUCUGGUGCAUCUUCUGAUGGCGAAGCAUUGAGCAGGAGGAUGAGAGGUACAUCUGAACGCUACUUCAGACUGUCAGCAGAGUGUUUCAUGCUUCUGUUUGCCAAAUAAAAGUCAAAGGCCAUGACUGUAUUUGAUAACCACGGCCCCUCAAAACACUUCCCCUUUUCAUAUGUGCAGACACUAAUGUGAGAGCACACAAGGAAGAGCUUGUCUCACGGUUAUUGAUUGUUGAGUUAUUUAUGAGCACUGCAGUGAUUAUGCAGUCUGAUUUAUGAGUGACGGACCCUCUCAUGGGUUUCACAGGUGUGACUUUGGAUUGGGUUGUACUAUACCACACAAAUAUAAAACAUACUUACCUGCCUCAAUUUUCUUAUCGGAUGCUUAGGUUGUACCCAGGUAAAUAUUUUGGCAACACGUUUGGGAGAGUGGGAUGUCAGAUGUAAGGAAUAAUGACAUCAGUGGAGAACAUUACUCUAACUCCACCCCUGAACAUCAAUACAUCCCAAAGUAUUUAUUUUCAAUUUAAUGUUUCUUCUCCUUUGACUCUUUGACAUUACAGUCUUUCGGGCUGCUGUUCUAUCCAUCAUUUCAAAAUGUUUCAAACCAGUAUUAGUCAAAAUGUUUUCAACAUAUUUCAUAAACGGCACAUGAGACUAAAUAGAGUGGUUUGUGUGAAACGAUAUAUAAAAACGUGAACUAUUUGACUCCUCUGUUAGACUUGUCUACCAUUCAACAACAACCAAAACUACAUGGAAUACAGUUGCCAAACGUUUUGGAAGUGUACUUGAAGAACUCUGUUUUGAAAAUAAGCUUUUUAAGUAUAAUUUAUGUUAAAUUCAGUAAACCAGCUUCUGCAUUGUAAAAAAGCAAAACAUGUAAUUCUUCUAGUACUCUUAUCUCUGUGUCUGUAGAGCUAUUUUGUCCAAUGAACAUGGGAUGUUUUGAAAUGACUCCUGGCUGUAUUUCAACUUUAAACAUUCAGUCAUACCUUAUGCUUUUUGUAUAAUUUGGGUCGUUCAUUAUAAAGAUGUGUCUACUGACAAAAUGUCUCAAAUAACAGCAGCAGUGUGUAGUAGUUUAUUUUUUGUCAGUGCUCUCACACUGACUGUAACCUUGGCUUUCUCACCGGCAAGAUACCGUCCUCACAAUCGAGAUGUAUUUAAUUCUUUUCAUAGUUUGAAUUUUAUAAUUCACAAUGUUACAAUGCACUGAUAACCUUAUCUUGCAGAGCACUGUUGAGUUCAUACUGAAACGUUCCAGUUGCCUAACUCUUGGUGUGCUUUUAUUCCUCUCUCUAACACUUUGGAUGUUUAUUGUUUUAAUAAAGAAAUGUAUAAAAAGA